AGUUUUGAAAUAAUCUGGUAGAUGGCGCCACAUGUAGGAAGAUGAUGCUACGCUCUUUCGGAUGAACACUGAGAUAAUGCUCAAAGAAGAACGAAGGAAAGAAGUGGAAUAAAAGUGUGGAUAAUGUUCCACAUGUGUUGAUUAAGUGCAAAUUAAUUGUGGGCGCAAAUUAAUGAAGAGUUAAACUCGAACUUUACACAUGUCUAAGAUAGAAAGCGGCGCUUAUAGACUUAAUUUAGUAGGGAAGACCAAUCCCUAAUGUUGUAACUCGCUCAACCUACAGUUGACCAGUUAAGUGACAUGAAGGUCGCCAAACGAUUGAUUAUUUAUAGCAGAUGAUUCCUUUGACUGGAUCAAGUUUCACAAAUAAUAGGAAUUUAAUCAAGAUGAAGAUGCAUGCAGGGCCGCCGUCCCCGGCGGCCGACUCGUCGCUGGACGACGCGCUGCGCUCCGCAGCCGACGACGGUAGCGAGGACAGCUGCAAUUUCGAGGACUGCAGCUCGGGCGACGGGGCGAGGACGGGCGCGGCCAGCCCGGCGUCGACGGCGUCGACGACGGCGUCGGCGGCCGCGUCGCCGGAGAGCGAGUGCGUGAACCCGCUGGUGCGGACGGACAGCGCGGGCAGGGCGAGCGGCGAGGACGGCGACGAUGUGUUCGACUCGGCGGCGGAGGGCGAGGCCGACGCGCCCGGGACGCCCUCGACGCCCGUCUCGCCCGCGGGCGAGGCGCGCGGCCGAAGAGGGUCCUCCCUAGGGCGCACGCCACCCAUCCGCCGCGGCAGCAAGCCCUCGGUCCCUUCCUCGCCUCUCGCGGCCGCCCCAGCCCCCGCCCCGCCGCCCCCGCCCUCGCUGCCCGCCGGCACCGCCGCCGUCGACGAGGCCGAUGAAGACGACGGCAUCGUCGAGUUCCUCGACAAGAGCACCGAUAAAGCUGAAGCUCGCUUGGCAGCAAGGAGGCAAGCACGUGCAGAAGCAAGAGAAAUCCGCAUGCGAGAGUUGGAGCGGCAGCAGAAGGAACUGGAGGAAAAUGCAGACAAAGUGUAUGACAUGUAUCCAGAGCAGGUGAGUAGGCCCUCCAGGGUGGCCACUACUAUGUCCACCCCACGCUUGUCGCGAGAAAGUACUAACAGCUACCAGUCCAGUCGGCGAAGUUCAGAGGAUUCUUUAGAAGAGGGAAUCAGUCUCCGGGAUAUGAGACAGGAACUUAAGGAGUAUGAGGAGAAGUUCCGGAAGGCAAUGGUUCAGAAUGCCCAGUUAGACAAUGAAAAAGCAUCAUUGACGUACCAAGUGGAAUUGCUUAAGGAUCGCCUUGAUGAUCUAGAGGAACAGCACUCUCAACUUCAGCGAGAACACAAGGAAAAAUGUAGAGAGCAUGAUCAGCUGAAACGGGCUUGGGACAAACUGAAAGAGGACAUGGAGUGGUGCAAAUCCCAGCUGGAGGAGAGAGAUCAGCUGAUUCAGGAAGCAGGACUCAUGAUUGUUGGCGAUACUCAGGUAUCCAGUGAUGAAGAAAGUAGUGAGGAAGAUGAUUCAGGUGACAAAACUCAGUCAAAACGACCUCCUAAACGAGCUUUGGUAUCUAUAGAGAAUGCUGAACUUCUCCAAACAGCAGGUGAAGGAACAUUAGAUGUGCGGCUACGAAGGUUUGCUGAGGAACGUAAUGAGCUCUUAGAUCAAGUUAGACACUUGAAAUUAGAACUUGAAGAGGAGCGGAGCCGCCAUAAGUCAGAUCGGCUGAGGCCGGCUGGUGCGGGCGCCAGCAUGAAUGGACCAGACACCGAUCUCGUUGACAUUCAGAGAGAAGCAAAUAAACAAUUAGGAGAUUAUAAAUUUAGGCUUCAGAAAGCGGAGCAAGACGUUUCUACUCUACAGGCCAAUGUUGCACGCUUAGAAAGUCAAGUGAUACGAUACAAAUCUGCAUCUGAGUCAGCUGAAAAAGUUGAAGAUGAAUUGAAAGUUGAAAAGAGGAAAUUACAGAGAGAGCUUCGGGAAGCCCAAGCACGAGUUGAAGAACUUGAAACAUCAAAUAAUCAUUUGCAAAGGCGACUUGAUAAGUUAAAGAAUGCAAAGUCGGCACUUCUCAAGGAGUUGUGAUAGUUGCCACAACCCUCCUCGUCUGACUUGUGAGCGGUCCUGAAUUUUCUUUUCCACUGCAGGAUGUCAUGAGAUGGAAAUGUACAUCUUGUGAAAGAAAGUUUAGAAACAUCAUUUGUAUUCCAUGUUCCUUGUCUGCUGUAUUAUGUGCCAAUUUAUCAACCUGUAUGCCUGAAAUAUUGUAUAAGCAAAAUUCACUAACCCCAAAAUUUGCUUUGUAAAAACCUAGGAGAUGACUACAAUUAAGUUCAAGGCUUUUGCUGGGAUAAAGAAGUGUUGUAGUAAAAAUAUUAAGAAGCACAGAUUACCUUUAUGCACAAUUUUAAUACUGGUUUCUUUGAAUCAUAAGUUUAACAAAAAGUAAUAUUAGUGCCAUUACCAUGAACUAAAAUGAUUUUUGUGUGUGCUGAAACACUUGAGUAGUACUAGAUAAUGUUUCAGUGUUACGUGAUCAUGCAGAACGUCAAUUCACAUGGUCAUACUUUCAAAAUAAUGGAUAGGUGUUGAAUAUGACACUCAUUGGUGGUAUAUAUGAAUUGAGAUGAACAGUGGUCUCUAUUAUUUAGCUAACUGAAUAGAUGUGUACCCAUUGCACAAGCAUACAGUGUUGUAACUAGCAAACAGUCAUCAAUUGCAAUGAUGUAAAUCCUAAAAUGUGAUUUAGAAGGAAGCAAAUCUGUUUCUGCACUAUCUAGUAGUACUGAAAUAUUUAAUAUAAUGUGACAAGACUAUUGACACAGUUCUACUUAACUGCUUCUUAAAUAUUACACUAAUGCCAUCUCAUGAUGCCCUUUGCACUAACUCUUUUCAGUUAUAUUAUAAUUCUUCAGUCUUAUCUGCAUUGCUCACUGAGGAGGGAGAGUUUGAGUAUGUACGAAGAUGAUGAUGUAUUUCAGUUUACUACCUUGUACAAAACUCGUACAUUUUUUAGAAAAGGAAAUUCAUCCAUAGUGGCCAUAGCUAAUGGGCAGUAAAUUCAUUUGUACAGAUCUCUUUUUCUUUUGUUUUUUCUCCUCUUUCUAUUUUUUAUUGUGAUGGUUUAAGGAACUUGUGUGUUUUUUUAUGUGGAUUUUGAUUGAGUUUUGUCUAAUCCAGUUUUUCUGUGAAAAUGAUUUCUUUGUGAUAUUUGUUGAUUGUAACAGGUGCAUAAGGAUGUCAAUUUAAGAACAGUUGUGCCAAGAAAUGAUAAUUGUGUGUAGAAUAAGUGGGACCACCUUUUGCAUCUUAUCCACUUUUGAGCAUUGUGCUGUUGAAGUGGAGCCUAAAACAAAAUAAAAUAUUUUCAAUAUGUAAAUAAAGUACAUUUUUUGACUAACCCAGACAUAAGGGAACAAUUUUGGGAAGCUGCAUAUGGUGAUCCUACUUCUGUACCUAGUACUGUGUGUAACUACACCAUAAGCCUUAUGGUGUAAAUGCCAAUUUACAUCUGUGUAGGCUGUUUGUUUGGAGUGGGAAAUGAAUUGAGUAGGUGCCUAUGCAGUCAGAUAUUAAGACAUUGGGCUCCAUAGAUUGUUCAUAAACGUUCUUACUUUAAUUUUUCUUGUCCUCAAAUGAUUAUUGUUAUUUUUAUUAUGAAAACAAAAUCUUCCUGCAGAAUUGUAUAAAUAGUGUUUCAGAUUUGUAUUACCCACAGCUAACAGAUGAAAUAUUGCUAGUUAGUUUUAUGGGAAAACCUUUUUCUUUGGUAUGUUUGUUUGUUUUUUGUUAAUAUUUUAGUGCUUGAGUGCUUGGAAGAUAAGUCUGUGAAUUUUGUGCUCUUGCAAUUAAAAAAACAACUGACAUGCUGCAGUAUUAUCAUGUCAAUAAAAUGCACAGAGAAAUAAGAUUGAUUUUUGUCUGUAGAGUACAAGUUUGUUUUUGAUGUGUUAGGAUUUACAUUUUCAAAUCAUUCACAUUUUUUUUGGUAAUGCAAGAUGUACAUUGUUGCUAGAUGUCUUUAGUUCAGGGUUGUUUUGUGAUAAAUGUCUUCAUAAUUAGUUACAAAAUUCAUUGAAUUAGAAUAUUAUUUCUAUUUUUCUCUGUAAUGUUUUGUGUAUAUCAUGAGAAUUCUGUCAGCAAGCCAGUAGAUCAAAUCUCCACUACGACAGGAACAACUUAAAGAUAAAUAAAAACAUUGGUUUAAAAUGUGAAAAGCAAUACAUUUGCUGAUCACCAGCUCUAUAAAAUACAAAAUACAAAAGGCAAAACAGUUAUUUUAAAAAUUGUGUGGGAUACAUAUUUUUGUAUGUUUUGUAAAAGACAAAAUGCUUCUCCCUGGCAUAUUUCCAAGGGGGGUACCUCUUAAAGAAAUAGUGACAGGUAAACCCCAAUAAACAUUUUCAGCAGCAGUUCCAUGGACUCAAGAACAAUGCAUAUUUCUAGAGUACAUCAGAUAAAUUUUAAUAUUUCCCUUAUAUCUAGAACUCUAAUUCUGUUCUUUCCGUUUGCAGUUAUGAAGAGUAAACAGUUGUGACUGUGACUUAUGAAUUUGUACAGAUUUGUAUGUCAUAUUUUGCCCCUAUUUUUAUGGUGGCAGUACUGCUUUUUUAUGUGUAUAAAUACUCUAUUUGUUUUCUCCAAUAAGAGAAUAAGAAAAAGAGGUUCCUUCUAAAGUGAAAGCUAUGUAGUUGAAACAUUUUUAUUAUCAAAUGUAUACUGUAUAUAAGCGCUUUUUUGCAUUGACUAUUAAUAUUAAUAAUGCAGGAGGUAAUCAUUGUACAUAUGCAAUGAUCAUAGAAGCACAGCUUACUUUGAGUAUUUGCCAACAGUAGGUUGGUAAUUUCUCAAAUAAUUUUGUGUCCUUAUUUUUUCAGUUUGAUUGAUCAAGGGGUAGAUUGUAACGAAAUAGAUUCAUUUUUUUAACUUUGCUGACAUCAAAACAUUAAGUUUAGACUAACAGUUUUCUGGUUUUAGUGGGUUGUAAAGUCAUUUUAUAAAAUUUAACUGAUACCAGUGCCUGACAGUUGAUUUCUUUUGUUUUAUUGUAAUCAUUAUCAAAGGUACAUUUUGUGCAUUCUACCUGCCUUCUGUAAUUUUGAUGUAUACAUGUUCUCUAAUUUGGUGCUGAAGUUUAACUUAUUGAUGUUAGCUAGCAUUUUGUUUUGGUAUGACAUGGUAUGGAAUGUUAUGU